AUGGACGGGCAGAGCUUCCUCCUCGGAACCCCCCCCCUGGCGGCUCUGCACAGCAUGGCUCAUGAGAUGAAGACCCCCCCCCUGUACCCGGCCUUCUCCUCCUCCGGCUCCUCUUCCACCUCUCCGAACCCCGGGGGAGUGGCCGGUUGCUCCCCGGGCCUGAAGGGCUGUUCUUCGGCUCUGUGUUCCUCCGCGACCCCCCACGGGAUUAACGACAUCCUGAGCCGGCCCUCCGCGCUGCUGCUGGCCGGAGGAAGCGCCUCCUGCCCGGGGGGGCUGCUGGGCUCCGCGCUGGCCCCCCGGUGCCACCCCCAAGGACUGUUCUUCAGCCCCCGGUACCCGAAGCCCCUCGGCGAGCUUCCCGCGGGCCGGACCCCCCUCUUCUGGCCCGGGGUCCUGCAGAGUCCCCCCCCCCACUGGAGGGACGCGCGCUUCUCCUGCUCCCCUCACCACGGCUCGGUGCUGCUGGACCGGGACGGGAAGAGGAAGCACACCCGGCCCACCUUCUCCGGACAGCAGAUCUUCGCUCUGGAGAAAACCUUCGAGCAGACCAAGUACCUCGCGGGACCGGAGCGCGCGAGGCUGGCCUAUUCUCUGGGAAUGACGGAGAGCCAGGUCAAGGUGUGGUUCCAGAACCGGAGGACCAAGUGGCGGAAGAAGCACGCGGCGGAGAUGGCGACAGCGAAGAAGAAACAGGACUCAGAGACAGAGAGGCUGAAGGGCUCUGAUGAAGAGGAGGAGGAGGAUGAAGACUACAACAAACCUCUGGACCCCAACUCUGACGACGAGAAGCUGCACGUGCUGCUCAAGAAGCACAAGCCCGUGCACGCGCUGCACGCCUCGGACAAUGACAGCUCCUAAU